GGGCACAAAAUGAAGAGGAAGUCGCCCUCUUCACGAGACUGCUUUUGUUACUUUUCAUGGGUUCACAGAUCUGCAGUAUCUUGUCCACAUGGAUUAAACACCUUUCUUGCUUAUAUAUAGAAGAAACCCAUUGACCCUUUUCUCUAUCAGGGUCCUGCUUCUCCUCUGCUUCAGCUUCUCCUUCUGCUCAAUCUGGAUUUUCUAGGGCACCCAUGGCUACAAUUGAGGGGCUCUUGCUUGUCUCCUUUUGCAUGGUCCUCUGUUGCAAUCCAGGAAGGCCUGUACAGGACAGCCCAAAGCUUGAAAAUGGGACAAACUAUGUGCCCUCUUCUUGGGGUACUUUUGUAGAGUCCUUGCAAUUCACAUUACCUCAGAACUUUGCCCGAUUCAAGGUUGGGGAGCUUCCUUUGGUGUGGGAUUGGAAAUUAGAAAGCUAUGCACAAUGGUGGGCAGCGCAGAGAAAAGUGGACUGCAAUAUGACCCAUUCCCACGGGCCCUAUGGGGAGAACAUUUUCUGGGGUAGUGGCCAAUCCUGGACUCCUCUCGAUGCAGUACGCUUUUGGGUCGAUGAAAAGCAGUAUUAUUCCUAUGAUACAAAUGACUGUGAAGUGGGUCAGAUGUGUGGGCAUUAUACUCAGGUUGUGUGGAGGGAUUCUCGCAACAUUGGAUGUGCCCGUGUGGUCUGUGACAAUGGAGACGUUUUCAUGACCUGCAACUAUGAUCCGCCUGGGAAUUACAUUGGAGAAAAGCCUUAUUAGUUUGCUUGUACAGUUGUAGUUGUAUACUUGGGGUAUGUUCAAUUAGCUAGGAUUCAAUAAUGAGCGGCCUUCGAGGAGCUCAUGUCGACUCCCAUGGCUGCCUAGAAUAGUGUUAUUUGGUGAAACCAGUGUAUAUGCAUCUUUUGCACUUUGGUUGAUUUGGACCAGUGGUUUUGCCACGCCUUCGUUGCAUAUGUACGAUUGAUUAGUUUGCCUUUGGUUGAUUUUGGACCACUGGUUUUGCCACGUCUUGUUGUAUAUGUACGAUUAAUUAGUUUUAUAUUAAAGUCUAUGAGGAUAACUCUUCGUUUCU